AUGCAUCAGGUAAUGCAAAUGUACGAUGCAGAAUUUACAGACGCCCAGUUAUUAAAUCUAGGCGUUUCCGUAGACGAUACGAAGGCUAUCGCCAUUGUAGAGUCCGGUACAACGUUCGUCGGUGGGCACUUUGUGGUCCCUCUGCCAUGGAAGAAGGGUGUCAACUCCGGGAAACUAUGCGUCAGCGCUCUUGAGGUUGAACGGCCUGAAGCGGCGCUUGAUUAA